AUGAGCACUCACCACCAACAACAACGUUGUUUCCUCUUCCCUCUAACAACGUUACUUGUAGUUUUCCUCAGCAUCACAGUUUCACCUGUCUCGGCUCGUCUAUUUCCCAACGUGUCCUCAAUCCCAAAGUGGAACACCUCCUACGUGCCACCAGCUGGCGCGUGGAACGCGUAUCUUAACUACACCGGAUGCCAACGCGGAAAAGCCUACGACGGCCUUUCCAAUCUAAAAAACUACUUCCACUAUUUCGGCUACAUCCCCACUGCGCCGCCGUCGAACUUCACCGAUGACUUCGACGAUGCGCUCGAAGCCGCCAUAAAGACAUACCAGAAGAACUUCAAUCUCAAUAUCACCGGCGAGCUAGACGACGCUACCAUGAAGCAAAUCGUGCGCCCGCGCUGCGGCGUGGCCGACGUAAUCAACGGCACGUCGACAAUGAACUCCGGAAAGUCGAACACAACGACCACGCCGAAGUUCCACACGGUGGCUCACUACUCGUUCUUCGAUGGCAUGCCGCGGUGGCCGGAGGGGACAGAAGAGCUCACCUAUGCGUUUGACCCUGACAACAGCCUAGACGACGUCUCCAAGAGCGUUUUCAGUAACGCGUUUAAGAGAUGGGCAGAGGUUACCACAAUCUCGUUCCGCGAAACGUCGUCGUACAGGACUGCGGAUAUCACGAUAGGGUUUUAUAGUGGGGAUCACGGGGAUGGUGAACCGUUCGACGGGGUAUUGGGAACAUUGGCGCACGCGUUCUCUCCCACGAACGGGAUGUUUCACCUCGACCAGGCGGAGGACUGGGUGGCCACCGGCGACGUCACCAAGGCCUCCGUGUCCAACGCCGUGGACCUGGAAUCCGUGGCGGUGCACGAGAUAGGCCACUUGCUCGGUCUCGGACACUCCUCCGUCGAAGAAGCCAUCAUGUACCCUACGAUUACGGCGAAAACGAGGAAGGUGGAACUCACCCAAGACGAUAUUGAAGGGAUUCAGGUUCUCUACGGUUCCAACCCUAACUACACCGUCACCUCUACCUCAGGGAACGAUUCCAGUGACGGUGUUCGCCACGUGCGGGCCACGUGCGGCGUGCUUUUUGCCUCUCUCUUGCUCUUCCUAGUAUUUGGAUUGCACGUGUGA